UGUCCUGGUCAUGGCCCUUGGCUCACCACCCACUUUGCCUGCUUCCUUCUACCGCCCGGUUCCUCCCGCGCCAACUACAGGCGACCCGGGCCAGGGUCUUGGGCUGUACCUGCAGUUGCCUGGCUCCGGGCACGGCGGCAGGAACGUGGACAUUCGCCAGACCUACGGGAGAAAUGGGUCCCUCGAGGCAAGUGUGACCUGCGCACCCUGUGCGGCCAGGCCCCCUGCAGGGAGACCAACACCAUGGACAGCCUCACUGGGCCAAAGGGCGAGCUGGUGCACAGCAAGGUCCUGGAUGUCGGCCAGAGGAAUGGCCUGAUCAACACCAGAAGCUUCGUGGCUGAGAGCAGAGAUGGCCUGGUGUCUGUGUACCCAGCACCCCAAUACCAGAGCCACCAGAGUGUGGAUGGCAGUGGGAAGGAGGCUGCACAGCAGCUACUGGACCCCAAUGCCCUGCAGCGGUCCGUGGAGUCUCGUUACCGGCCCAACCUCAUCCUCUACUCGGAGGGUGUGCUGCGCUCCUGGGGCGAUGGUGUGGCCACCGACUGCUGUGAAACCACCUUCAUUGAGGACCGGUCGCCCACCAAAGACAGCUUGGAGUACCCCGACGGGAAGUUUCUGGAUCUUUCGGCUGAUGACAUCAAGAUCCACACGCUGUCCUAUGACGUGGAGGAGGAGGAGGAGCUGCAGGAGCUGGAGAGCGACUACUCCAGCGACACCGAGAGUGAGGACAACUUCCUCAUGAUGCCUCCACGGGACCACCUGGGGCUCAGCGUCUUCUCCAUGCUCUGCUGCUUCUGGCCGCUGGGUAUUGCAGCCUUCUACCUAUCCCACGAGACAAACAAGGCUGUGGCACAGGGCGACUUCCACCAGGCCAGUGCCAGCUCCCGGCGCGCCCUCUUCCUGGCUGUGCUAUCCAUCACCAUCGGCACGGGCAUCUAUGUGGGUGUGGCUGUUGCCCUCAUCGCCUACCUCUCCAAGAACAACCAUCUGUGAGCUUCCACGGGCUCAAGAGCGACCACAUUGGGCGGGUCAGGCCAGGGUGGACUAUACUGCUGCCCGGAGGAUCCACCUCGAUCCGUGUCCUCCUUUAAAACCUUCAUCAUCACAGCACUGAGUGGGCUCCACACACUGGGCUUAGAGCCCAGGCUCGGGGCUGUCUGGAAUGAAUCCAGGUCACGGAUCACAGCGCACAAUUAGCGCAGCUCUGCCAUGCCUCGAAGGCCACCGCAUUAGCAAUAUACAAACAGUUAAAAAAAAAAAAAAAGUAUUUAUUUUUAUGGAACAUGGUUAAGGUGCAAUAGGCUGAGGGCAGGGGACACCCGCUUUGCUGUCGGUGGCUGCCUGGCUUCUCCAUGUCUCCAGCAUCCACGCAACAUCCUUCCCAGAGAAAAAGGCUGUGGGCCUGGGAACAAGGAGCACAGAACGUGUGCAGGGUACCUGUGUCCUCUGCAGAAGGUGGAGCCCCAGGACGAGAAGCCAGAAAGACGCAGUACUGUCCCAGGCCCCUCCUGCCCUCCAGGCCACCAUCAGGCAGGUGGCACAGUGGACACCCAGGCUUCUUGAAAAUGGCCCCACAAUGGUAUCAGGAACCAGAGGCAGAGGACCAGGAAGACCCUGGUGCCCUGAAUGAUGGCCCUAGAGGGGCUUGCCCGGUCCUAGGCAGUAACAACGAUGCCGACCCUGGACACGGUCAGGCCUUAUUCUGCUGACUCAAUGAAUUGCUAUUUUCUUGUCAUUUUUUUAAAUGCAACUCUUGCUUCACACUGCUUCAGUUACCAGACGAAUGCUGAGAAAUAAGUCACCACAGACAUCUUAACACCAUCUCACAGCUGUUUUACGGUGUUCAUUAUUUAACAAAAGUUAUCUUUUA